AUGAGCUACACGCAGAGCCCAUCCGUAAUGUCAUGGCUUCUCGAUUCUGAGCCACAGAUCGCCGUGGACAGAGCGCAAGCAUUUAAUACGGCACCCUCAGCACGCGAUUCCCCACAGCAAUGCGCAGUAGCCGGGCUUUCUAGUCUAUCUCCACCUUCAAAGCCUGCCAUUGCAUCCAGAGAACGAGAUACAAGCAUUGUACAAAGUCUCAAUGACCGGCGCGUCAGAUCGCCCGAAGCGCAAAGAGAAGCUGUGAGACAGAGCGAUUGGGCCAGACACAAUGGGGGAAUUCGGGCACCUCGUUACGAAUGGCAGCAGAAUGAAGAGGUGAAGGUGAGGGUAACGAACGUGCCCCAGCCCGCAGUUCCUAAGACUAUUUAUCGUAUGUUCCAUGCGUAUGGACACAUAUCACGUAUAGAGGUCGAGAGCUCUCCAAGAACAGCAAUUGUAACGUUUUGCCCUCCGCCGAACCGUCCAUUCUGGAAUGAGAAAAAACGAAUUCUACCUGGGCACUCCUUAGGCAUCGAUUUGAUGCGGACAAAUUCCCGGACGCAACCGAGCCCGAUCGAUCCCAAUCAGCGGUACCCAGAGAAGAUGACACUAUCAGCGAAGUCUGUCGAGUUCGGCUUCAUGUUCGACGAAAGAUCGAUGAUGGUAAUGAGAACUGUGAAGCCUGGCCAGAAGUCAAAGAUAACGUUCAAAUUGGAUUUGUACUUGAAGUUUGUGGAGGUGUCCUUCUCUCUUACCAUGACAUACACAGAGACCGAAGACCAGAUCAAAAACCCCUCCAGUCAACAGACAGACUUCAAGUUCCGAAUACCUUUGUUUCAACUCGAGCAGAUAUACGAGGAACGUUGCGACUCAGAUGAUCGCGCUCUACGUAUACACCUGGAAUCGCCACCCAAAUACUUUCGCCGAAACCCUAACGUAGAAGAGAGCUUUGCAGAGGGCGACGGAAGAAGAUGGAGCGACUGGCAGACAUGGAUUCGACAGACCCACAUUGAACACGAUAAAGAGCGGCGAGAGAUGAUGCGAAGUCCCACGACACUACACAGAAAUAGUUCUAUCAUCGACACUGGCCGCUGGACCACUUACAGACUCGUAUUUGAACGAAGCGCCAAUGACCUCGUCAACUACAAACCCAUUCUCCGUGCGCUUACCGACUACAACGUUAGAAUCAUCCCUAAUCCAGAUGGAAUUCUUCACCCGAGACAAGAAUCAAAAUUUUGGAGCCUGCUUGAGGAAGCUGAGAGCGCCAGUAACCUCCAGCUUACGGCAUUGGAGCACCUCGGGUCUGACCUCGCCCCCUUAGACUUCUCAGUACGCUACCAGUUGGAAGUCUGCAUCAGUAAGGGCAAGCUGUGCGACCAUAACAUCGAUCGAGAUUUUCUUGUGCAGAUCAGUGGGUUGCCAAAGGCCACCGCCAAAGCUCUUCUUGUGAAAGUGGCUGAUGCUAACUCUCGAUUUUACAAUCCGAUGAGUAUCUUCAGCCUUCCAGUACCGAGGAAAUCAGCCCCGAAACUAGCUUCACAUUAUGUUUUCAUGCACAAUGCCAUAAUUACCCCCACGACAAUGUACAUUGGAACUCCUACGCAAGAGAUCUCGAACCGUGUGGUGAGACAAUACUCAGAGUUCUCGGACAGAUUCUUGCGGGUAAAGUUCAUGGAUGAGAUCCCAGAGGGAAAGUUGCAGAGUACGGACGACAGCAAAAUUACAGCAAUUCUCAACCGUGUGAAGCUCACGAUGACGAACGGAAUAGACAUUGGAGGUCGACAUUAUGAGUUUCUUGCAUUCGGAAACUCUCAAUUCCGAGAGAAUGGCGCCUACUUUUUCUCGCCGCCCAAUGAUCAGGUAUAUCCCGAUAAGAUGCGCGAGCACAUGGGUGAUUUUGAAGACAUCAAGGUUGUUGCAAAGUACUGUGCACGCAUCGGUCAGUGCUUCUCUACGACUCGUGCGAUGAACUGCGGCACAAUUGAGGUCAGUACUGCGGAAGAUAUCCAGCGGAAUGGCUACACAUUCUCAGAUGGAGUUGGAAAGAUCUCAAGGUAUCUUCUCAUGGCGGUAGCCACAGACUGGGGUGUUCCACUAGACUGCGAUGGGGAUCCACCUUCCCUCGUCCAAUUCCGUCUAGGAGGCUGCAAAGGUGUCCUGGUGUUGGCCCACGGUCUGAAAACGAAGGAGAUCGUCAUCCGACGUAGCCAGUACAAGUUUCCUGCUAAUCACUCGGGGCUGGAGAUCAUCAGGGUCUCCGACUAUGUGACAGCUCAGCUCAACCGCCAAGUCAUCAUGGUUCUCUCAAAUCUUGGAGUUCCAGACAGUGUCUUUGUCAACAAAAUGAAGACAGAACUUGAAAAGCUGGACGAGGCAAUGAUCGAGGAGUCAACGGCCCUGGAUCAACUAGAACACUUUAUUGACUUCAAUCAUAUGACCACGACACUGGCAAGCAUCAUCCGAGACGGCUUCAUGCAGUAUAAAGACCCAUUUACUCUGUCUGUACUACAGCUGUGGAGGACUUGGAGAUUGAAGAAUCUCAAAGAGAAGGCACAGAUAAAGGUCACCAAGAGUGCAUUCCUGUUCGGAUGUGUGGACGAGACAGGUGAACUGCAAGGUCACUACGAGGACCAACAAUCAAACGAUCUAAACACAACGCGGAAUGACAGAUUAGCCAGUUUACCAGAGAUCUUCCUUCAAAUCAAACAUGAAAAUAGCUACAAGGUCAUUGAGGGCGUCUGUGUUCUUGCACGAAAUCCUUCAUUACACCCUGGAGAUAUUCGCAUUGUCGUGGCUAGAGACAAAGCCGCGCUCCAUCAUCUGAAGAACGUCGUGGUUUUACCCCAAACUGGCGACCGUGAUAUCGCGAAUAUGUGUUCUGGUGGUGACCUCGAUGGUGACGACUACAUGAUCAUUUGGGAUGAAGAGCUCAUACCUCAGGAGAUAAAUCAUCCCCCAAUGGAUUUCACUGCUCCGAAAGGGAUUGAGAAAAACAAGGUUACCAUUGAUGACAUGUCGUCAUUCUUCGUAAACUACAUCCGGAAUGAUCAACUUGGUACUAUUGCUACAGCACAUUUAGCUCAGGCUGAUCGGCUUGAAGAUGGAAUCAGGAGCAAAACCUGCCUAAAGCUGGCGGAGCUUCACUCCUGUGCUGUCGACUUCCCGAAAUCAGGUAUUCCUGCCAGGAUGAACAGAGAGCUUCGACCUCCAAGUAAGCCACACUUUAUGAGGCCUAAAUUUGGCAACAAGAGUGUCUAUACAUCAAAAAAGAUCCUGGGUCAACUAUACGACCAGGUCCAGCGAGAGGACUUUCAUCCCUUUUACGAUGAGCCUUUUGACAAAAGGGUACUCGAAGCAUAUAGCUUGACUGAGAGCAUACUCAAAGACGCCGCUGACAUCAAAAAUGGAUACGAUAAAGCGAUUCGUAGACUUAUGGCACAGUAUGCUAUCGCUACUGAGUUCGAAGUGUGGUCAACAUUUGUUUUGUCCCACAACGCUGGUAAAGAUUACCAAUUCCACGAAGAAAUCGGUAGCAGCAUUAGUGCGCUAAGACAACACUAUGCAGAACGUUGCAUCGAGAAAGCAGGUGGAAAAAGCUUUGAGCAGCUUGGCGUAUUUGUUGCAGCCAUGUAUACAGUAACUGCGAGGGAAGUGGAAAUGGCUCUUGCCGAGCGGAAAGCUAAUGCAGUCUCCGAUCCAACCGACCUAUCAGAUGAGAAGACCUCGGACAUACGCAUGCCACUGAUGAGCUUUCCAUGGAUAUUCUACAAAGAAAUGGGACUCAUUGCGACCGCUGGUCAGCAUAGAAUACAGGCGUCGGUGACAGCACACCAGGGUGCAAGACGUCGUCAUCCACAUAACAAGAUGCAGGCGACACCAACUAUUAUCAGUGAUGAUCUUGAGACUGCUCAGGGUAUCACUCAUCGCGGCGAUAAGUUGGAGCUGUUUGAAGAUGCCGAGAGAGUUGGACAGAGCAUGGAUAUCGACCAAUUCACACAAAAGAAUGCCGGAAUCAUCAACGCGGUGAAGAAUAGAGUGCAUAGCUUCCGCGUAGCACAAGGUCAUAGUAAAUCCUCUGUGGCACCGGAGCGAGAUCACUGGGAACCACAGGAGGAUGUUGAGGCUGCACUCCAAGCUUCCUACAAGAACGAGGUGGAUAACGAGGUGUUUAUGCAGCAGAGGGAAUAUGCCUUUCCCAGUGUUUACUCAACAACACCAACCUCAAACGUUCUGGCAAAUACUUCAAGAACGCCCUCGGCAUUUGAUGACCUGGUAGAUUUGAUGGACAACUUUUCCAUCGGGCUUGACAAGGCGCCGAUGGCAGCUGAGUCGGACACACCUGAUGAGAAAUUGACAUCUUCGAGCAUUGAGACAGUUGCUGGCAAGGAAGGCGAAAAGGAGAUGAACAAUGUUAUCAUUAAUCGGCCUGAAGACCCUGCAGCCGAGGAGGAGGUCACUAUCGAGUUUGAUGAGAAGCCAUCGGCUUUGACGUGGUUCGCAAACCAAGGCGGUGGUAGUAGUGUCAUGGAAUCAGACGAUGAGUGA